AGAGGACCGUCUAAGGGCGUUCAAAUGCCGGGGGUGAUGAACAAUGACUUCUUUGAUGCCAACACACCUCGCCGAAGAUCAGCAUCGAUUCUUCCCGGACGCGCAUGUUUGAACCCCGACCUUCCGAGAUUGGUGCACUGGUGUCUGGCCUGUAUCCAGGUUUGUUUCGUGACAGACUGUUCGGUUCAUCAGGAAAACUCAAAUCGACUUGUGGCUCGAGAACGUUCUUUUUGACUUGUUCUUGCUGGUAUUGGCUUGUGCAAGCGAAUAAGUUCAUGAUAAGAAGCUUCCAAACCAGAAAAAAGGUUCAAAACAAGAAGGUCCUGAGACUUUCUCGAGCUCUCUGUCCUUUUUGGUGAUGGCAAGCGGAAAAAAGUGUCCUAAAUUCGAACCA